AUGAGUAAUGCGAAUAUAAAGAACGGUGUGCUGUCAUUUGAUGAUUUUAAGUUGGAAGCCGAAGGACUGCAGUAUAAGCGGAUAAGACGACCAGACUACCGUAAUGAUGAAAGACGUAGACAUGUUAUCCACUAUCCAGAACUCGUCAACUCAGUUGAUCGUUCGGUAGAUCCUUGCACCGAUUUCUAUUCAUUUGUUUGUAAUGGAUGGAUUAAAGAAAAUCCGAUUCCUGAACAACGUUUUCUCUACACACAAACUGAAAUGCUCGACGAAAAAAUUACAAAACAAAUGAGAGAGAUCCUAAUGACUUCUGCACCACAUCCGUCUAGAGAACACGGCUUGAUGACGAUAUUUUAUAAGAAGUGCCUUUAUAAUUCGUUAGAUCGGAAAACUGACGGGAUUAUUAAAAUGUUUCAGAAAAUGAGAGAACUGAAGAAGACAACGUCGAUUACUGAAUGGCUAUUGAUUAUGAGAUCAGAAAGUCUGUUCUAUGAGCUUACUGUUUCCGCAGAUGACUAUAACUCCACCAUAAAUAUUUUACAGAUAGCUCCAAGCUCAUCGAUGUUAUCAGCUCAGACUUAUUUUAAUCCGGCAUAUUCUCGUGAAUAUGCAGCGACUAGGACAGUGUUAUUUAACAUUCUGGCUUUGAUUUCUGCUGAAGAUACACACAAGGAGUUCUUCUCUGCUAACAUCAUGGACCAGACGAGAAGGGUUGAAUCACUUCUUCGUGUCGAUCAAACACUAGCGAAGAUUGACUGGUUUCACUAUGUCACUGCUCUCUUGCCACUUCGUCUUCGUCAUACGGUUACAACACAACCAUUUCGAAUAGUACAAUUCAGGGCCGUGCAACGGUUAGAAGAGUUCAUGCUAAGCAUAGAUGAGCAGACCAUGUUGGACUACCUCGAUUGGAAGGAAUUCCAAAGUCAACUUUAUGGAGUGAAGGGAAGAAAUCUAACUAACGACUGCGUGAAACUUACAACAGAGACCUUUAGAGAUAUAGCAGGAAAACAUUACUUAGAACAACACUUUGAUUUUGGCAGCGUAUUUGCUAUGAAAGAACUAAUUGAGGACAUUCGUAGUGCAUUCAUGGAGCUGUUAGUCGAAAACAACUGGAUGGAUGAAAGCACAAAGAAACGAGCUCGUGAAAAAGUAAGACAAUCCGCUAUAGAGAGUGACGAUAUAUGUAUUUUUAAGCUGCACUUCACUUCGCAAAAUUCGUUCUACGACAUUGUGAUGGCAAUUAAUCGAUGGGGACAAGAACGAACAUUCAUGAGAUUGGAGCAACUGAACAGUCGUGACGUAUUCGAUACGUCAGUGGUAGAAGUGAACGCCUUCUAUGAUGUCAAUCAGAAUCAAAUCGGAGCGUCUUAUGACAAACUGGGCAAUAGAAGGAACUGGUGGAAUAAAAUAACCUACAAGAACUUCGAGAUCAAGAAGAAAUGCUUCGAGAAACAGUACGGAAAUAUCUCUGUCAAAGAUGUCAACGUUAAGAAGCGAAUUUUGCAAGCAAUCAAACGUUUCCAGAUUGAUGGAAAGCGAACUGAGGGCGAAAAUAUCGCCGAUAAUGGAGGAAUACGAGCUGCCAUUCGGGCCGCGCUACGUUUGUUUGAGCGCACUCCUGAGCAAUUCACUAUUGUCGGAUUGGAGGACUUUACCCCGAUGCAGUAUUUUUUCAUGAGCUACGCAUUCAUGUGGUGUGGAAGCAUUCGAACGGCGAUGUUACUUGAUAUUCUGGCAACCGAUGUUCAUCCCCCAGACAUGUACCGUGUGAACGUCGUGCUGUCCAACCAACCAGAAUUUGCACGAACAUUUGAUUGUAAGCGCAACUCCAACAUGAAUCCAGAAAAUACCUGCACUUUAUGGUAG